AUGGGGGAAGAGCAAGUACAAGAGUUCAAGCUAAAGGAAGACUGCGAAUUGAGGUUUGCAGCAGGAGAGGAUUCUGAAGUUGUCCUAGAACUUGUACAUGGAUACGCAGAAAUCUUUGGAACUGAAAUUAUUUUGAAUAAAAAAUAUAAUUUCCCAGCUAAGUCACGAGUAGCUGUUUUUACAUGGAAAAGUGCCACCAUCGAGCUAGUCGGAGCUACAGAAAGUGCCUACGUGGCUGAAAGUACUCCGAUGGUUAUCUAUCUGAACAUCCAUGCAGCUAUGGAAGAAAGCCGGAAGAAGCGAGAAGAGCAGGCAGUUAGCAAUUCCAGCAAACCAAAAGGUCCUAGGUUGUUGCUAGUUGGACCUCAGGAUGUCGGAAAGACGACAGUGUCCCGAAUUCUGUGUAACUAUUCAGUUCGACACGGACGCACUCCAAUACUUGUAGAUCUGGAUGUUGGACAGAAUAGUGUUUCUGUACCAGGAUCUGUUGCCGCUUUACUGGUUCAGAAGACAGCUGAUGUUGUAGAUGGAUUCGAAAGGAAUAUGCCUAUUGUCUACAAUUUCGGACACAGUUCUCCAUCUCAGAAUCUUUCGCUCUACGAAACCCUAUUCAAAGCCCUCGCAUCUACAAUCAACAGUCAGAUUGAACAAAAUGACGAAGCAAGACUUGGAGGAAUGAUCAUCAACACUUGUGGAUGGGUCGAUGGAGAAGGAUACAAAUGUAUUGUGAAAGCAGCGUCGGCUUUCGAAGUCGAUGUUGUCAUAGUAUUGGAUCACGAAAGACUCUACAGUGAUCUCAGCAAAGAGCUCCCAGAGUUCGUACGGCUGACCCAUGUUCCAAAAUCAGGAGGAGUCGAACAACGAACUGCACAAAUUCGAUCUGCGACCAGAGGAGAAAAUGUCCAUCGAUAUUUCUAUGGAACCAGAGCCAACAAUCUUUUUCCAUUCACAUUUGAUGUUCCAUUCGAUACAGUCACUCUUUGCAAAAUCGGUGCUGAACAGCUGCCUGAUUCCUGUCUGCCAUUUGGAAUGGAAGUUGAGAAUCACGAGACGAAAAUUAUUAUUAUUGAGCCAUCAGUGGAAAUCAAGCAUCAUCUUUUCUCUUUCUCUCGCGGUUCGAUUGCUGAGAAAAAUGUGCUCACAUCAUCGGUGUGGGGAUUCUGUCUUAUUACAGAGGUCGAUAUGGAGAAAAGAACUAUCUCAAUUUUAUGUCCUCAAAACACGAUUCCAUCAAAGACGCUCGUUUAUUCAGAAGUCACCCAUCUUGACGACCAGAUAGAGCGAUAA